GUCAGAAAUUCUGGGCGCUCUGGGGAAGCUCAAACAUUUAUCAACACCGAACAACAAGUCUCACCCUCGCAAAAAGACGCCGUCUUUCAAUUAACUCACUCAGGCUAGUUGAUAUCUGAUGGCAUCACAGCGGGCUCUGCUGCCUCUGCGCAGCUACCUCGGUCGGCAAUGCGCCGGAGCUGUGCGUCAGCAAACGAGGGCAUCGAGCUCUCAAUCGUCGUCCACGCAAGCUUUGGCAUACAAGGCUCUGCACCGCCGCAUCGCGCCUCUCCCUACCGAAGACCGCCCUCCAGCUUGGUCUGCCCCGGCUGCUGUUAGCAGCAUCCUAUACGAGACCCCUACACCUUCGCAAAAGCCCCACAAGAAGCACAUCCUCAACUGCUUGGUGCAGAACGAGCCGGGUGUACUGUCUCGCGUCUCUGGUAUCCUGGCUGCUCGUGGUUUCAACAUUGACAGUCUCGUCGUCUGCAACACCGAAGUCGAUGACCUCUCUCGCAUGACGAUUGUUCUGCAGGGACAGGAGGGUGUCAUAGAGCAGGCCCGUCGCCAGCUUGAGGAUCUGGUCCCUGUCUGGGCCGUCCUUGACUACACGGAAUCUCCUCUCGUUCAGCGCGAGCUGCUCCUUGCCAAGAUCUCCAUUCUCGGUCCUGAGUACUUUGAGGAGCUUCUUGCCCACCACCGCGACAUGGCCCAUAACCCAGAUUUGGACUUCAACCCUGAGGAGUUGAGCGAGGAGGAGCGUCAGGCAUUCGCCGAGGAGGCUGCUCGCGAUUCUCUGAGGAAGGACUUCCACCCUAGCAACCUCGCUGUUUCUCAAGCGCUCCGUCAUAAGCACGAGCACUUGCGAGCCAUUACUUUCAUGACCCACCAGUUCAAGGGCAAGGUCUUGGAUAUCAGCACCAACAACUGCAUCGUCGAGCUUUCUGCGAAAUCGGACAGGAUCGACUCCUUUAUGAAGCUCAUUGCUCCAUUCGGUAUCCUGGAGUCUGCACGAACUGGACUCAUGGCUCUUCCUCGUUCCCCCAUUCACAGCUCUGAUGACGUUGGAGAGAAGGACGCAGAGGAUAUUGUCGACACAAGCCUGUUGCCUCCCGGCUAAAUUCCUAUCGCCAGAAGAGUCUAAGUAGAUUAGAACACUUACUGCUUUGGGGAUGUCUUGAUCUUUGCGUGUAAUCUACCGGUAGUCGGGGUCUGGCGUUCACCGUUGGCGAUGUGGCAUUACGGAUUGGAACUUGCGCAGUUACAAGAUGACAAGUGGGUCAAUACUAUGUCGCGAUAUUUGCCAUGUAGGUAUUCCAGUAUUCAUGCUGACGUUCAAUUUCGCUGCCGCUGCGUGUCUGGUGUAUAUAUCAAAUGCAACACUGGCCCAGUGCCCAUCCACUUUUCGAGU